AUACGCGUCGGAGAUGUGUCAGUGAGCGAUCGUUCGCCGCUUAGUGAAAUAUAUUUGUGUCGUAAAUGUGGUUCGUUAGUGUGAUAAUGAGAAAACACAUGUUGGACUAUCUAAUUAUUAAGUGAUGAAAGUGUAUUAAGUUCGGUGUGUUGUUAAAAAUAGUUAUUUUCAUUUGUAUGUCAUCGGACUCUUCAAUAUGGCGGCCCCCCGUCACAAAUCACAACAGAAAAAUAUAUCCUCGAUAUUUUCAAAGUUGCACGGUGCUUUUUCUGAUGCGGUAUGUCCAACAAAGCUGGCAACAGACAAGAGGACCCUAGACAAGACAUGGAAAUUAAUGGAUAAAGUUGUGAAACUGUGUCAACAUCAUAAAAUGAACUUGAAAAACAGCCCGCCGUUUAUACUUGAUAUUUUGCCGGAUACAUAUCAACGGUUGCGCAUUAUUUACUCGAAAUACGAGGAUAAUAUGCAAGAAUUGAAUAAUAACGAACAUUUUAAUAUGUUUAUUAUAAACUUGAUAAGGAAAUGUAAGCAAGCUAUAAAAUUGUUUAAAGAGGGUAAAGAAAAAAUGUUUGACGAGAAUUCUCACUAUAGGCGUAAUUUGACUAAGCUGAGCCUCGUCUUCAGUCAUAUGCUGAGUGAGUUAAAGGCGAUGUUCCCCAAUGGUACAUUUGCUGGUGAUCAGUUCCGUAUUACGAAGAGUGAUGCUGCAGAAUUUUGGAGAACGAACUUUGGUAACAGUACGUUGGUGCCGUGGAAACAUUUCCGUGAGGAGUUGAACAACGUGCACCCGAUAUCCUCGGGCCUGGAGACGAUGGCGCUCAAGACAACGAUAGACUUGACUUGCAAUGAUUUCAUAUCUAACUUUGAGUUUGAUGUAUUUACAAGGUUAUUCCAGCCUUGGAGCACGUUGUUACGGAACUGGCAGCUGUUAGCGGUCACCCAUCCAGGAUAUGUAGCGUUCCUGACAUACGACGAGGUUAAGGCUCGCCUACAAAAAUAUAUUCACAAGACUGGCAGUUAUGUGUUCAGAUUGUCGUGUACCCGUUUAGGACAAUGGGCAAUAGGAUAUGUGACGGCAGACGGUGAGAUUUUGCAGACCAUACCACAGAACAAGAGUCUAGUGCAGGCCCUACUUGAUGGAUAUAGAGAGGGAUUUUACUUGUACCCGGAUGGUCGGGAUGUGAACCCGGACCUGAGCAGUGCUAUCAUAUCCCCAGCGGAGGAUCACAUCACGGUCACACAGGAACAAUACGAAUUGUAUUGUGAAAUGGGCAGCACAUUCCAACUGUGUAAGAUAUGUGCGGAGAACGACAAGGAUAUCAGGAUAGAGCCGUGUGGUCACCUGCUGUGUACGCCGUGUCUCACCGCCUGGCAGAUCGACUCGGAAGGUCAAGGAUGUCCGUUCUGUCGUGCGGAAAUAAAAGGCACCGAGCAAGUGGUGGUCGACGCCUUCGUGCCCCCGAGACCACCAAAUACAACAUCUGAAGCUAAAGGUGCGAUAGUGAAGACUCCAGUGAAGCCAGUGUCAUCAAAUUCCUCGGGAUCUUCAGGUUCCUCAGGCUGUAAUGGUUCCAGUUCAGACAACACAAUAUCGAGUGGUGCGAAUGGCUGGACGUCGCGGAACACAUUCAAUGGUCUCACUGAUGAUAUUGAUGAUCCAGAGGACUGGCCGGAGUUCAACGCGGCGACGUCCACAAUAGACUCGCUGAGGCCGGGCGUGAGGUCGCCGGUCGCCUCGCCGCGACACUCGCCUCGUGCAGCAAGGAAAGCCGCCGCCUCGGCUGAGAACGCGUACGGAGAACUGCGCGCCCCUCCCCUGCCGCCCAGGAAGAGUCUCUCCCCUGCCGAACCCGCGAUCGUCGCGGCCUCCAGUGUGCAGGAUAUUGCUGCAGCGGCUGCUAUGGAACCCAGACGAAGGUCCUCUUUGGAGCCUGAACCUGAUUCACGUCAUCAUCUGACCUCAGUGAUUACUGGCUCUACUGAGACAAUCACAGGCCUUAUAGAUACAAGACACGAGGUACCUCCAGAUCCGAGGGCAUUCGAGAAACCUCGUCGUGCCUGCACCCCGCAGUCCAACAGCCGGCCCCUGCCCGCGCCGCCGCCGGAACCGCGCACACAGACCGACGACAGACCGACAACCGACAGACACGACAAACCUGAAACACGAAACAUACCGACCGAGAACCGACAAGAAAGACACAAUGACACGAACCGACACGCAUAUGAAAGCAGACAGGACAGACCGAAUGAUAGGCACAUAGAUAAUAGACAAGCGGAACGUCACGUCAACGAGCGUGAACGUCACGUCAACGAACGUCACGUGACAAAUGACAGGCACAUAGAGUUUAGACAGCCGCCAGAACGACCUCCCGACAAGCCUGACAGACAGGACAGAAUACAAAAUACUGAUCGAGCUAGUUUUGAUAACACCAGAGUGGAGAGUAGAGGUCCACCAAGACAAAGGUCUUUGCCAUCUUCUACCUGCAGCAGUAUCGACCACCAGCCGACGAAGUCAACGACUAUGCCCAAAUUCCCUUCAGAAGAUGCCAAAGAUCCGCCCUACGAGAAUGUCAGCGUUGAAAAGAACGAAUUAGCGGUUGCACCAAAGAAAAUAAAUCCUCUAACACACGACAAACACGGAAGAAAGUACGGCGACAAUGUAUCGUAUGAAAAUAUAAAUUUGGAUUACAUCGCGCGUUUAGUUGGUGAAGGUUACCCCAAGGACAUAGUCGUGCGCGCAUUGGGCAUUACUAGGAACGAUUUAGAAAUGGCUUGUGAUAUAUUACACGAAUUCGGUUCUAAAAUUCAAAAUAAAUGCUAGAAUAAAACAUUAUUUAUGUUUAAAUUAAAAUCGACUGUUCGUUUUAAAUGAAUAAGGCUUUAGUCUAAUUUUCUAUACUGCAACAAAUAUAAACAAAUUUCUGUUUGCAAUUGACUAUGUUUAUCAAAUAUCACUGAACUAUGGUUAAAAAAAUACAUAAAUAAAAUUAAAAAGUAUAGUUCUAAUCAAGAGAUAUUAUAAAUUUUGUAAACUAAUUCUUAGAAGUUUGCAUUCGGAUGAAACAUAAUAUUUUAUUCUUUUUACACUUAGAUUUUUACUAAUUAAUAAAAAUACGUUACUGUAUCGUGUAUAACUCGCAAUUUAGGGAACAAAAGAGUAUUGUAAAUUGCAUUGAUUAAAGUCAACACACGCAGCCAAAACUGAGAACUCUAUGACAUUUAAAAUUUGUUGUUUUUCUAAUUUGGUUGCUUAUGUUUACAAAAUUUAUAACAUCUAACCAUGGGUUUCAUCUGGAGUGAUAACACAUAUUUUCAUGAGAACAAAGUGUCAGUCGAAAACCCAAAGUUACAAGAACUAUUUAUCAGUAAUUCUUUGAUAUAACCAAACAAUAAAAACAUAUUUAAACCUAAAGCAAUAAAUCUUACCGUUCCUAAACAAGACAUGUGCCUGCAAUUUCUAUGUCUAAAGUUUGUUGCCUCAUACGUGUUAUUUAUACAUUAGACAAUUUGUAUAUUUUACGCGUUGUAUACACUCAUAUUGUAUACACUCGGUUUGUAUAGUUACUCGAUUAUGUAAUUUUAACAUAAGUUUUAACUUAUACUGGACUUAUAGUUUUAAUUGUAACGAACAAAGAUUUAAAUAGUAUAUAAUCUUGACUGUCAUAUAAAUCUAUUUUUAGUAUGACAAAUGAUAAAGAAAUUUUUAAAGUUAAUAAAAGUCUUAUAUGUUUCGACUGUCCAUGUGACAUGUUCAAGGCUUCAAAAUAUUCAAAAUAUAAAUAUUUCAAAUUAAUCUUAAAAUCAGAUUGUCGUGGGGCUUAUAUUAUUACGGUAUUCAUCUGAGAUGUCACGACAGUUGAAUUCUAGGGUAAUGUUAGGAAUGCAUUUAACACUGUAAUAUUUUAUGACAGUAUGUCUAUAUAUUUAAAUCUUCGUUCGCAAUAUGUUUCUAAAUUAGAGCACAACAAUAAUAUGUAAUUCUUUUAAAUAUAAUUAAUAAAGGCUUCACAGAUAAACUACCUUGUAAACUUUAGUCAUCAACUAAUUAGACUAAUUCUAAUGUAACUGUAAAUACUUCCAGAUAUGCGUUGUCAUCUUUGUCAUGUCAUAACAAUGACAAAUGUCACAAUUCAUUGAUAUCGUAAAUGUCAUGUGACACGAUUCAUUUGUGUGAUAUGUCAAUUUGGCAGCGUGUCAGUUUUAAAAAGUUAUAGAGCGACAUUAUUUGGCCCGGUGACAUAUGCAUAGAAAAUGACGUAAAAGAAAAAUCAUGACAAAACAGCUACAGUACGACAAGCAUCUUGUAAUAUCUUUGAUAUAGAGAGCCUAUUGUAAUCUGUACAAAAGUUGCUAUUAUUCGUUCGAAUACUUGCCAGGCCCAAAAUGGUCACGAAAUUCUAGUAUUUUAUUUUAUGGCGUUUUUUUUGUGCCUAAGUAGGUUUUAUAGAUUUUGUAAAAGAACUUUGACAGGCGACCAAAUGCUGCUACUGGCGCCACCUUAGGUUAAAUUUUUUCUCCCUAUUAAGCGUACGAUGAAAGUAUCGGGGAAUUAAUCGCGUUAUGCUCACCGGGUCAGUAUGUCGGUCUGUAGCAACCAUUUUGUGUUAUAGUAUAAGUUAAUUUGAACCGUUUUUAUGACAAUUAAAUUAUCUCAAUUUAAAAUUUAAAAAAAAUAUUUUCACAACUAAUUAAUGAGUUGUUUGAUUUUUGU